GCGGGAGACACUGAGGUACCGGGAGCGAGAGGUGCGGACUGAGGGGAGAGACUGAGGGGAGACCGUGUGGAAGGGGCAGAGUCCGGAGGGAGAGGGACACAGACUGGGGGAGAGAGAGAGGAGGGGACACAGACUGGAUGUGGGAACUAAGAGAUUUCUUUUCCUCUUGUUCAGGAAGAUGUUUGGGAAUAGGCCCCUGUCACUGAUAUAAAAUACACAACAGAGACCCGGGAGCCAAGAUUCAGUGAUGAUCCACUGAAGGUACUGGCAGCUCUGAGCUUGUCGAUGGUCUUGUCCAGCGCAGCAUGGCCUAUAUAUCCAGCAGCAAUGGCUUCAGACAGACCGUAUCCUCAUCUGCAGGGACAGCGAGACCUAAAGAGGUGGACAAAGAGGAGGCGCUGCAAAUGGAAGCGGAGGCUUUAGCGAAGCUACGGAAAGACAGGAGGCAAGUUAGAGGCCAGGGGAGCGCUUUCAUUCCAACCAGGCAAAAGCCUCCAGCUUUGGGCAGACAGGAGCCCGACCUGAUGGUCUUUCCAGAGUCCGAUGCUAAAAAGAAUGCUGAGACUUUACUGGGGAUCGAUGUGGAGAAACUUACAGACGCAGAGAUGGAGAGGCUGCUGUUGGACGAUCAUUUUGAGCUAAAGAGACCUCCCAAGCCUCUAGCCCUUUCCCAGGCUCCAGUUGUGAACCCACAUGCCUCCUCUCAGUUUUAUGGUCAGCCUUCAUUCCACAGUAGUCAUUGGACCCCUGGAAAUCAGGGAACUAUGAACUUAUUGCCAACGUUCUCUGCGUCGUACCCCAAAUGCGCUGAUCCCUUCCAGAAUGGGUACAACUCAAGCGUUCCUGCAAUGCAACGCCGCGAUCCUGUCUAUCUCAGUCUUCCAACCUGCACUCAGUACCUGUCCUAUCAGAUGCCGACGAGUGCCCCAUUUCAACCCCGAGGAAACCUGUCCGGUUACCCCAAUACUGUUCCUCCGGACAUGGCCAAACUCUUCGAUAAAAUUGCCACUACUUCUGAGUUUGUAAAGAAUGGGAGGUCGAGCGCUGAGGCAGAUACAGCCAAAUCCGAGAGCACCUCCCCUACAUUGCAGGGGGCAGAUAAUACGGACACCAUCAAUAAAUUCAAUUGGUUGGAUCUUGAUCCUCUCAGCAAACCAAAGGUUGAUAGCCCAGACUUCUCAAACCACGCACAGGUCAGCGGGGCAGCUCCCACUGACUCCAAAGCCAAGGAUCCCUGGGAUGCCGUUCUGCUGGAGGAAAAACCUAUAAAACAUAAUAGUCCCGAGAAGAAACUCAACGGUAAACCUUCUGGAGCUACUGUUACAAGAAGCCUUUCUCUUAACAUUCGACCUACCCAUUUACAGCACAAGAGGGACCAAAUGGAGAGAGAUCGUGGGACCAAGGCUCCGGCAGAGACCUCGCUGCUGAAGGAAUUAGAAGCAGAUAAUGAAGAAGUUGCUGCUUUUUGUGAAGAAGUUGCAAAGCUCAGGAAGAGGUACCCCAAUAACUGUUUGCAGAACAACCCCGGAUUUGUCCUGAGCCCCGUGAUGCUGCAGCGGAACCUCAGCGCAGAGAAUGCCAACAUUAAAGUCUCCAUAGAAAUCGGAGGAUUGCAGCAGCCCGUGACUUUUACAUGUGAUGUAAGUUCCCCGGUGGAGCUGCUGAUAAUGCAGGCGCUGUGCUGGGUCCACGACGACCUGAGCCAAGUGGAUAUUGAGAGUUCUGUCCUGAAAGUGUGCGGGCAAGAGGAGGUUUUGCAGAACAAACACUGCCUGGGAAGCCACGAGUAUAUCCAGCUGUGCCGUAAGUGGGACACUGAAAUCCGGCUGCAGCUGCUCUCUCACGGCACCGUGAACAGGGAUCUGGCCAGAACGGCUGAAGAUGAUGCGUCUUCGGUUGACCUUAACAAACACCUGGCUGUGGUUGAUAGGCCUUUCAAAGAGCCAAUUACCAGGCAAAGCAUCGAGGAGCUGCUGGACACGUAUCACGAGCAAGUCAGCGUUUGCCUUAAGCACGAGAGCAAUCCAUACCGUGCAGUGGAGCAGCUGAUGAAAGUGGUGCGGAACAUCUGCAAGAUGGUGGGCAGCGUAGAAACUCCGGCCAUUACGGAGUCGGUGAAGAAGCUGCGCAGGGCUGUCAAUCUUCCACGCAGCCGGAGCAUAGAGACUUCACCUACAAAUUUGUCUUCUGACCAACGAGCCCCAGAUAGCACUGGGCAGUGUGAUAGCCCUUUACAGGAAACCUUAGCCCUGCUGACUACGGACCUCCAUAACCUGCUCCAGCUUCACUUCAGCUCUGGAAACAGUGCAGUCACUUGCCCUCCAGGUGGCCGGCCCCUUAAGGAAGCGCGAUCCUCCACUGAUCACCUCCAAUUCACCAUAUUUGCUGCCCAUGGAAUUCCCACUGGCUGGGUGUCCUGCUUUGAAAAGUACUACCUGGUCUGUUCACUAAUCCACAACGGAAAAGACAAAUUUAAGCCAGUUCAGUCAAAAAAAGUGGGAACAUACAAAAGCUUCUUUUACCUCGUGAAGUGGGAUGAAUUGAUAAUAUUCCCCAUCCAGAUUUCACAGCUGCCUUUAGAGUCCAUUCUCCAGCUCACGCUUUAUGGGAUAUUAAAUCCUAACAGCGGGGGGUCUCCGGAUGCCAACAAGCAGAGAAAGGGGCCGGAGAUGCUGGGUCGGGUCUCCUUACCUCUCUUCACUUUCAGACGAAUGCUGAUAGGCGGAACCAAGCUUUUACACCUCUGGACUUCAUUCCAUACAGGCCCCGUCCCUGCCACCACCACCACUAGAAAGGCCAAUCUGAUGCAGAGAAUUGUUUUACAGGUUGACUUUCCCUCACCCGCCUUCGACAUUGUGUACAUCCCACCACAUCCGACCAAGAGCUGUGCUUGGCAGAGUAUCGAGUCGCUGGAUAAAGAAAACAAAAGCAGGCUCCUAUCUCUUCUCGCCAAGGAGUCGGCAUUUGGGUUAUCAAAGGAGGAGAAAGCAUUUUUAUGGGAAAAACGUUACUAUUGCCUCGAGCACGGAAACAGCCUUCCGAAGAUCUUGGCUAGUGCCCCAAAUUGGGAUGUAGCCUAUUUAAGUGACAUCUACGCUCUAAUCCACGAAUGGCUACCUAUGACUGCUGUCAGUGCCCUGGAGCUACUGGACUCAAGGUUCUCUGACCAGGAAGUUCGCUCGAUGGCAGUAAAAUGGGUGGAAGAGGGUUUGAGCGAUGACGAGUUGGUGGAUUUCCUCCCGCAGUUUGUACAGGCCUUAAAAUAUGAACUUUAUUUGGAUAAUUCCUUAGUGAGAUUCCUGUUAACUCGAGCUCUGGGGAACAUUCGUAUCACCCAUUUCUUGUACUGGCUAUUGAAAGACUCGCUGAAUGAUCCCUAUUUCGGCACUAGAUACGAGCGCAUCCUCGGAGCCCUCCUGUCGGUGUGCGGGAAGGGUCUGAGAGAGGAGCUUGAGAAGCAGACCCGACUCACGCAGCUUCUUGGCGUUGUAGCGGAAAAAGUACGGCAAGCCAAUGGCUCAGCCAGACAGGUUGUUCUUCAGGAAGGAAUGGAGCGAGUCCAACUCCUGUUCAGAAAAACCAAGUGUCGCCUGCCUCUGAGCCCCAGCCUGGUAGCCAAAGAACUGAACAUUAAGGCUUGCUCCUUCUUCAACUCUAAUGCCGUUCCUCUUAAAGUGGCUAUGGUCAAUGUGGAUCCUUUAGGGGAAGAGAUUAACUCCAUGUUCAAGGUGGGAGAAGAUCUGCGACAAGACAUGUUGGCUCUGCAGAUGAUUAAGAUUAUGGACAAACUCUGGCUACAGGAAGGCCUGGACUUGCGAAUGGUCCUGUUUAAAUGCUUGUCCACUGGCAGAGACAGAGGUAUGGUGGAGCUGGUUCUCUCCUCUGAUACCCUGAGAAAGAUCCAGGUGGAGUAUGGGGUGACUGGCUCCUUCAAGGAUAAGCCUCUGGCGGAAUGGCUCAGGAAGUACAACCCGUCUGAAGAAGACUAUGCAAAGGCCUCAGAAAACUUCAUAUACUCCUGCGCCGGAUGCUGCGUGGCUACAUACGUGCUUGGAAUCUGUGACCGACAUAAUGACAACAUAAUGCUGAGGACCACGGGCCACAUGUUUCAUAUUGACUUUGGCAAGUUUCUAGGACACGCUCAGAUGUUUGGCAGCUUUAAAAGAGACCGUGCCCCAUUCGUGCUGACUUCAGACAUGGCCUAUGUUAUUAACGGGGGAGAGAAACCCACCCGUCGCUUCCAGCUGUUUGUGGAUCUCUGCUGCCAAGCCUACAACCUUCUCCGGAAACACACCAGCCUUUUCCUAAACCUUUUGUCUCUGAUGCUGCCCUCUGGCUUGCCGGAACUCACUGGGGUUCAGGAUCUGAAAUACGUUCAUGACGCCCUCCAGCCACAAGCAACAGACACAGAAGCCACCAUCUUCUUCACCAGAUUAAUCGAGUCGAGUCUGGGGAGCGUUGCCACCAAGUUCAACUUCUUUAUUCACAACCUGGCUCAGCGCUUUGCUGGGCUGCCUUCCAACGAUGAGGCCAUUCUGUCCUUCUCUCCAAAAACAUACACCCUCAAACAAGAUGGCCGCAUCAAGGAAGCCACAAUCUUUACGUAUCACAAGCGAUACAACCCCGAUAAGUACUAUAUCUACGUGGUGCGGGUGGUGAGAGAGGGGCAGGAUAACUCGGCGUUCAUUUUCCGCACAUUUGACGAGUUUCAGGAAUUGCACAACAAACUCAGCAUCCUCUUCCCUCUGUGGAAACUUCCAGGAUUCCCAAGCAAAGUGGUUCUCGGCAGGACCCACAUAAAGGAGGUGGCAGCCAAAAGGAAAGUGGAGUUGAACAGCUACAUUCAGAGCCUAAUGGGAAGCUCCCCAGAAGUAGCAGAGUGUGACCUGGUUUAUACAUUCUUCCACCCGCUGUUGCGAGACGAUAAAUCAGAGGGAUGUGAUGCAAUCGUCACACCACUUGAUGAACCUCCUCUUAGCCCAACGUUGGGAAGGAUCGAAGGAGAAAUAAAGCUUUCAAUCUCCUACAGGAACGGCACCUUGUUCAUCAUGGUGAUGCACAUAAAGAAUUUGGUCACCGAGGACAACGCUGACCCAAAUCCGUAUGUUAAAACAUACCUUCUCCCCGACCCUCACAAGACAUCAAAACGCAAAACCAAAGUCUCCAGGAAAACUUGCAACCCGACGUUUAAUGAAAUGCUGGUGUAUUCUGGGUACAACAAGGAAACGCUGAGGCAGAGGGAGCUGCAGCUGAGCGUCCUGAGCGCGGAGUCUUUACGGGAGAACUUUUUCCUCGGGGGAGUAACUUUGCCUUUGAAGGAUUUCAACCUGAACCAGGAGACUGUUAAAUGGUACAAACUUACCGAAGUGCCGUACUUAUGAGAUUUUUCCAACCCUGUGAAACCGAGAACCUUUGGACCAACACCAGUGAAAUCGACCAAUGUUCUUCUUGCAUCGCACGCUCUAGAUGUUAUCCCUAUUAGAAGGCUAUUUUUUUUUUUUAUCGUCCGGGAGAAUUUCUUAUAGAAUUACACAGACACAUGGAGGGGAGCGUUCCUUUCUAGAGACUUCCUACAUCUCCUGUUGAUGACAGGAACCACUGGAUGAGGAUAUUAUUCCAUUAUCUUCUAUUAACCACGUCAUUGAGCAAGCCAGGCCCCCCCCCACGUAGUGUCCCCCUAAUCUGCUGCACAAUGGUAACCACUAUCCCGUCUGCUGAUCCACAACUGGAAGCCACCACAUUUCUACCUAGAAAACUGCUAUGUGACUUAGCAUGGUGCUGCCCUAUACAUCCACCCUGUGCCCCGGACCAUCCCAGCAACAGCCAAGGCAAAGCUAACCCCCCACUGGUGCUACUCUCCUUGCACUUUCCAAAAGCACAAUUGUGUCAUGCCCCAUUCCCUGCACCUCGUACCUUCUGUGCACAAGUCCUGAGCACCUGCCAUGGUUUUUGGCACCCCCUCUAUUUGUUUAGAAUCUCCGUGCUAGAUCCCUUAGCAAUAAUACCUGGUUUUCAUCUGCGGAAAGAAGCACCUCCAAGCCUUACAGUGCCUGCCUUGUAUCUGCCCCACAUACAGGGGUCCCUUUUUUUUUUUUUUUUUUUUUUUGUAAUAAUCAAAAGAACCUUCCUUUGUAUUUAAAACUAGGGGCUGCUGAGACUUUCCUCCCUGUAUGAAGGUAAGCGAGAUUUGGCUGUGUGUUUAGAUUCCUCACCGUACGUCCCACUUGUUACUCCAUGGGCAAUUGUUUGUAGACGUUUGUUGUUCACUCACUCCGUACCUUUAAUAAAGAAGCUAUUUUAUUAACCGGGUCAGCUCUAAACCCGUAGAAGAGACUCUUGACGCCUUCGCUAAUUUUUCCUUAAACCAAAGUUUUAGAACAAACCCAAAGUAUUUUCCUUCUAUAGAGACAAAGCGAAUUCUAUUUUAUUGCCAAUAGUACAGUAUAUUUAGCCCAGUAGAUACUGGCGGCUUCUUUUCUCCUUGGCCGGCACUUUUUACAUUGUGACUAGGGAUGCACCGAAUCCAGGAUUUGCUUCAGGAUUUGGACGAAUCCUUAUGCCUGGCCAAACCAUAUCUGAAUCCUAAUUUGCAUAUGCAAAUUGGGAUCAGGAAGGGAAAUCACAACUUUUUGUCGCAAAACAAGGAAGUAAAAUAAUGUUAUUUCCACUUUUUCUUGUCCCUAAUUUGCAUAUGCAAAUUAGGAUUCAGUAUUUGGCUGAAUGUUUCAUGAAUGAUUUGGUGCAUCCCUAAUUGUGACUACUAUUUUUGACACGACCAUCCCGAUCUAUAACAUGCGGUAAAACUGACAUUUAGGGUUUUAACAUGUAAAUCACCUCUGUGUAUAAAUUGUUUCAUGUAUUUAUUCUUUGUUUAGUAAAUCGCAAGUUUGGCUGCCAAAAUGUUUUUUUUUUUUUUUUUAACCUUGAAUUGUACAUUUAUAUAUAUUUUUUAAUAGAAUGGUCUCCACUACAAUACUGAUCUAUAAGAAAAAUGUAUCUACUAUCAGAAAAUGCUAUUUGCUGGCCAAACCCAUUGCUUUCACUCACCUUCUACUUAAAUAAAUGUCGCUAGUUGUGUGCA